AACGGGAACGGAGGCGAUGAGAAACCCAACGAAUACAGGAGACCUGAAAUGCACGAAAUUGGAGUCUCACUCUUCAAACGAAGAAUUAAGAAUCUCCAUUAAUUUGGUCUCUCUCAAUCUCCCCAAAUCAAAGGAAAAUUUGAACUCUGUAUUGCAGCAAAUAUGUUCUGAUCAAAGGUUCAACUACCCUUUUGACUGAGGAAGUUGGAAUUUGAGGUUUUGCUAUGGAGGCCGACAGGCUAAAUUCUCCCAGUACAUUUACCAUGACCAUGGAAGUAUUGGGUCAUGAAUUGCGAUUCUAUCAGGAUCCGAAUUCAAAACAUUUAGGAACAACAGUGUGGGAUGCUUCACUGGUAUUUGUCAAGUUUCUGGAGAAGAAUUGCCGAAGAGGAAAAUUUAGCCCUUCUAAACUUAAAGGAAAGCGUGUCAUCGAACUUGGAGCUGGUUGUGGGCUGGCUGGGUUUGGCAUGGCAUUGCUUGGAUGUGAUGUAGUUGCUACAGACCAAAGGGAUGUUUUGCCUAUACUAGCGAGAAAUAUAGAACGUAAUACACCAAGCUUAGCACAAAUGAACCCUUCAGAUUCAUUUGGUUCAAUUAGAGCAGCAGAAUUAGACUGGGGGAAUGAAUAUCAUAUCAUGGCUGUAGGUCCACCAUUUGACUUUAUUAUCGGCACUGACGUCGUUUAUGCAGAACAUCUAUUGGAACCACUUUUAAAGACAAUACAUGCAUUAUCAGGUCCCAAAACUACUAUUAUGUUGGGGUAUGAGAUUCGUUCGACAAACGUUCAUGAGCAAAUGCUUGAGAUGUGGAAAAAGAACUUUGAGGUGAAAACUGUAUCACAAUCAAAGAUGGACUCCCAGUAUCAGCAUCCCAGCAUUCAGCUCUACAUUAUGGGGCUAAAGUCUGCAGCUGGAAAUGCAGAGAACACUCGAGACAAUAUACAACAGGAAAUUGACACGGUUUGUUCAAGACAGGAGAAUGACAAAAAGGAUGUAAGUUACGACGAAAAGGAAAUCCAGGAGGCAGAGGAGCCAGUUAGAGGAGACGAGGAUAAGAAACUGGGCAACUGGGAAACUAGAAGAAUGGGCUCUAUGGCUGCUCGGCUUCUGCAAGAUGUAAAAAUUGCUUGACCCUUUCUUUCGGAGAUAUCUUUUGCUGUAUUCAUACUUGAACAAAUAGGUUAAAUUCAUAUUAAUAUAAUAUCUUGUGAUCGUAAUGAUGUUUGCUUAUGAAACAGUUAAUGGCUUUCCUUCAAGUUUAGGUGGAAUGCCACAAAUCUUGUUGCAAAAGCAGAUGUAUACAACUCUGUUCAGUUUGUAUUGGAACAGUUUUUAUGUUGAAAUUUCAAUGAAAUGAAAACGAAGUUCCAUAACA